AAAUGAAUCCGUGAUAAAGCGGCUGAAUAAAGAGCAAUCAGUGCUAUUAUGUGCUAAAUGAAGAAUAAUAAACUACAUGAGGAAUAAUAAACUACAAUUACAAUUGUGCAUUUACAAAACGGUGUAGAAUACUAUUAAUUUAACCUUAUUUUAUCAUAAAUAAUAAAAUGGCUCCAUUAAAAUUGAAACAAAAACAUUUUGCAUAUCAAAAUAAUAAUUCAAAACGAUCUAAAGAAAACUCUUUAAAUGUUAAGCUAUCUCCAUCUGCUUAUUUGGCUGAUAUGAAAUUAUCAACAGAUGAACUUUGGAAAAAAACUUUCAAAACAAAAUCACCAGAAAUUGUUGAGCUUUUUGAUUAUUCAGAAGUUACUCUUCAAAAGCCAUCUACUGUUCCAAUAGAUUGUCCUCUCUUCCAACAUUUUCCGUCACAAAUAAUAUUUCAAAACUUUGAUGCAUUUGAUAUUUAUCAAGUUCCGUUGCAACUACGAAAUAGAGACAAUGUUGCUAGAUUUGUGAAGCUUGUUCUAAAAGAUUCACCGUAUUUUACUAUAGUUAAUCCAGCUGGUAUGAGCAGCAAAGUGGCUCCAGGAAUCGAAGUUAUUUACUAUAUUAAGUUUACUCCUCUUGAAAAAAAGGACUAUGUUCAUGAAGUUAUUUGCAUCACAGAGCGUGAAAAGUUUCUCAUUCCAAUUAAAGCAAUUGGCCCACGUGGUUUUCUAGAUUUUCCUGAUCAAAUUUAUUUUGGAAAUGUACCUGUUAAGUAUGAAACAACAAAAAUACUUCUGGUUAGGAAUAUUGGAGAUGCUGCAGUCAAGUUUCAUUUAAUUACUGAUAAGCCAUUUUUCCUUCAACCUGAUAACGGAGUUUUAGAAGUGAGUCAAAGUAUGCAAAUACAUGUCAAAGUUAAUCCACAAAUAAAUGGGUCAUUCAAUAAGUCAUUGAUUGUUCACUAUGACACAGGUGAAGAUGUUUAUAUUAAUAUGUUUGUUGAUGCUGAAGACAUAAAUAUUCGAUUGGAUAAAAAUACAAUUAAACUAGAAAAUACCUACAUUACUAGUUCUUCAAGAAGAUCAUUGAUGUUAUUUAACCGAAGUGAGUUUGUCAUUAAUUUUUCAUGGAAGACAUUUGCAACAACUGCUGAAGAAGAGCAAAAAAAAAAUUUGCGCUUUAAACAAUUAAAUCCAUCAAUUUCAGAUGAUGCUUUUUUAAAAGAAUGUGUAUCAGAUCCUACAAUGAGAGAUAAACUAUCACUUGUGGUUCGAUCACUAAAGAAUCAAAUAAGUAUUUCUAAUGAUGAUAAAAUGUUGUAUGAAGAUGAGAAUAUUAUUAUUGAGCCAUUGGAAGGUGAGAUAUGGCCAAAUUCUUCAAUAGAAUUUUUUGUAAUAUUUAAACCUUCAGAAGCAAAGCAUUAUUCAUGCAUAAUUUAUUGUGAUGUUAGUGGUAGAGAAACACGUUUGCCUUUAAGAGUACAAGGCGAAGGAGUUGGUCCAAAAAUACAAUUUUCAUAUGAUGUGUUAGAUAUUCAAAAUGUAUUUAUGAAUUCCUGUCACAUUUAUGAGUUAAUCAUCACAAACAAAGGUCACAUUGAUGCACCAUUUUCAUAUUUACCUGGUAAUAAGUUACAUACUAACCAAUUUGAAUUUUCUCCAGCAGAAGGAGUAGUAAAAGUUGGGGAAUGUCAAACCAUUCAGAUAAAACUUUACUCAAUAAAUUUGGGCGAGUUUAUGGAACAUUUUUCUUGGUUAGUUGGUGGUUCAAAUGAAAAAUCCAUCACUAUAAGAGGUUGUGUAAUAGGUCCAACAUUUCAUUUUGAUGUAAUUAAAUUAAGAUUUGGAUUGAUCUCUUAUGGUUUUACCUAUGAAAAAUUUUGUAGGCUCAUUAAUACAUCAUCUGUUCCAAUAUCUUUUUGUUUAACAUUUCCAUCAGAUGGUAGAGGAAUAUGUGCUGCAGAACAUGUAAAAACAGGCAACUUUGAUUUACCAUAUUGUCCAAAAGAAUUUAAGGUUACACCAUCAAGUGGUACCUUAUGUCCUUUUUCUGAUAUUCAGAUUCAGAUUCAAUUUACACCAUUAAGCUCAGGCAGUUAUAAAACAUUUCUUGCAGUUAAAAUUGAUGGUUUAGGGGAGAAUAUUUAUAAGCUUCCUGUAUCUGCAAGAUCAAUCAUUCCAUCAAUCAAUUUACUGACACCACUAUUGGAUUUUGGUCGGUGUUUUAUCAACUAUCAGUAUGAGAAUUUUAUAGAGUUGCAUAACAGUUCUGACUUUCUUGCAAAAUAUGAAAUUCAAGUUGAGACCAAAGAUAACACUGCCAUAACAUGUUUGUUGCCUAAAGGAAUUAUUGAAUUUCAUAGUACAUGUAAGAUUCCUAUUCAGUUAACACUUGAAAAUGUGGUUAACAUUUCAACUGUAAUCAAGAUUCAUAUAUUUGGUUGUCUUGACCAAGUUAAGGAAGUAAAUUUAAAAGCUAGAGGUGAAGGACCCGUCAUCUAUAUUGAUAAACCUGAUAUAGACUUUGGAAAUAUUGCUGUAUUACAAGAUGCAACUUGUAAUCUCCAACUUUCAAAUGAAUCUCCAAUACCAGCUCAUGUUAAUUGUAAAAUGUUGCAUUUAAAUUCUCCAUUUCACGUUGAACCUUUAUCUGUAUUAAUUGAUAGUCACUCAAAGAUUACAUUAAAAGUUAUUGCAAAUGUCAAUGAUAAUGUUAGAUUUCAAGAUAAAGUUAUAAUUUAUGUAACAAAUGGUCAAACUUAUGUAAUUACUUUGAAAGCAAAUGGCCAAGGUUCAACUAUAGUUACAGAACCAUCUAUUUCACCAAUGUGGGAUGUUGGACCACAUCUCUGUUGUUACAAUUACACCCAAAAGUUUCGCUUUUAUAAUAAAGGCAAAAGAGUACAGCAGGUUUAUUGGCGAACGAAAGGAUUUUCUUCAAGUAAAUUAAAGCAUAAAAAAAAAUUAAGUGCAGAUAAUGUAAGUUUUAAGUCUUUCUGUGGUGAGGUUCCCGUUUUCAAAUUAACUCCAAACUCGUUUUCUAUUGGGCCUGGUAAAUAUCAAGAUGUAUAUUUAGAAGGAUAUUCAGACAGUGCAAAAUUUGUUAAAGAAAAGUUAUUUUGUCAAGCUAUAAUUGGAAGCAAUUCCUACAAAGAAAAUAUAAUGAACGUAGAAGUAGUUGCAAAUUUUAUUCAACCUUUGCUUGAAUUUUCUGAAAAAAGUAUUAAUUUUAAUAUCAUUAAGUUACCUGAUGAGGCUCUUACACUUGAAAGAAAAUUAAUGAAAAUAAAAAACAUUUCAUUACUUCCUCUUACUUCAUCGAUUCUAGUAGAAUAUCCUUUUCAUCUCAACUUUGCUGAUAUAAAUACUUCUUCAAAGAUAGAUUUCAUUGAAAACAGUACUUCUUCAAUAGCAAGUUUUACUGAAAAUGUUUCUUCAACAGCAGGCUUUACUAAAAACUGUACUACUUCAAAGGUAGACUUUACUCUAGAUAUAAAUCAAGAAUUAGUUCUUAAUAUUCAUUUUGAUCCAUCUAGCAGAGACGAUAAAAUAAGUUGGUCAAUUGAAUCGUUAAUGACAGUCUAUUACAAAGAUCACCCAAGAACUGACUGCAUUUGUUUAAAAGGAGAAGUUCAUUUUCCAAACCUGAUCUUUGAAACAAAUAAGAUAAAUUUUGAAACUGUCACAAAUGAUACAGAGCAUAUUCAAAUGGUAAAAGUAACUAAUAUGAGUCCAUUAGAUGUCACUUAUUCUUGGAUUUUUAGUCACCAUGAUAUUUCAUUUAAAAAGGAAGAAAUUAAAGACAAAGACGAAAUAACUAUUUGUGUUGAUCAAAGUUGUAUCUCUACUAGUUUUUCAACUGAUGAAACAAAUUUUGUAACUAACAAUGACAACAGUAUCUCAACGUCAGAUAAAACAUUGUAUGAGGUUGACAGUUUUUCAGUGACAGAUAAAAAUUUUUUCCAUGAAAUUGGUAUUGAAGAGGUUUUUGAUAUUUUCCCAUUAUUUGGUUGUUUAAAACCCAAAGAAACUCUUAAUUUUCAAUUCAGCUUUUAUGGUCACCCAUUUAUAGUGGCAAAUGCUGUUGCUACAUGCAGUGUGGAAGAAGGACCUGAAUACAAUGUGUUUUUAAGUGGGGAGGCAUCUUUAAUAAGCUAUAAAUUAAACACAAAAGAAGUUGUUUUAGGAAAAAUUUUGUAUGAUCAAGCAACUAUGUAUGAUAUUCAACUGUUUAAUACUGGAAGGUUAAAGUUUGAAUACCAUAUACACCAGUGUGAAUCAAGUAGUUUCUUAGCAGUUGCAAAAAUUUUGCCAAUAAAGGGUGUUUUAUCUGCAGGUGAUGAAGCAAAAUUAACAAUUCAAUGUGUACCAAUUGUUCCACAAGAUUUCGAGAUUUAUAUCAUGGUGCAGGUUGCUCACUUUCCUUCUGAAAAAAUAACUAUAAAAGGUACUGGAGUGUUUCCUCAUAUUAUAUUCAAUUUACCAAAAGACGAUCAGUCUGCACAAUACAAACAUUUACAUGCUCAAGCUAUUGAAAAUUUAUCAAAGCAGAAAAUUUUCUCUACUGAUGGAAGUAAAAUAAAUGAAACAGAUAUUCAAGCUGAGAUUGAUAGACUUGAAAUAAAAAAGUUUGUACUUGGAAAAUUAAACAAUAUGGCAGAGACAUCUCAAUCUGUUUGUACAAUAAUGGAAAAAUCACAAAGACCAUCUCUGACAGAGUAUAUUUUGGAUUUUGGUGCUGUAAUUUAUGGAUCAGUUGUGCGGAAAAUGUUUCAAGUCAUUAAUAUAGGUCAUCUUCCUGUCUCUUUCUAUGCAGAACAUAAAUGUAUUUUAAAAACAGGCUUUAGUGUGAAAAUAGAUCCAGUUAAAGGUCUUCCUGGUUAUCCUCAAAAUGAGCAUUUAGAGUUUGAAGCAGUAUUUAGUCCUCAAUCAGAAGAGUUAUCUGUUGGACCUAUUCAAACAGUGUUACCUAUUAAGGUUCUAAAAGGGCCGACUUUCAAUCUUUGUUUUAAAGCAUUUGUUACUAUUCCAGAUGCAUCAUUAUCUGUAAAUUUUGUUGAAUUUGGUGAAGUUAUAUGUGGUCAAUGUAAACUUAUUGCAUUGCAAAUAAAAAACACUUCAAAUGUUUUCUGUCAUUGGCAUUUCCUUCAAGAUUUAGAGAAUAAAAAAUCUCCAACUAAGAAAACCGCCAGAGCUCCAUCACAAGUGAGUAUCUUUGAGCUUCUGCCUUCAAAUGGUUUUUUAUUACCUGGUCAAAGUCAAAAUAUCAAUGUGAAGUUUAUGCCAAGAGAAGAAGCUAAUUAUUCAAAAAAGUUAUGCAUUAAAUUAUCUCAGAGCACAAUCCAACCUUUUAUAAUGUGCAAAGGAACGGGAAAAGAACCGCAUAUUGAGUUAGAUAACAAAGUUUUAAUCUUUCCCCCUGUUCUUCCAUUUUGUGGUAAAGCUGAAGUCAUUGUUAAAGUAACAAAUCCUUGCACAUUUCCUGUUGAGUUUUAUUCUUUAGAGUUUGAUAAACAAUAUCUUGAAGAGGAGAAGAUUUUACAAUCAUUUCAUUGUUAUGAUAAUAACAAUAUGAUUUUAUUACCUCCACGACAUCCUGGUGAAAGUCUGCCUAAAGAAAUUUUAACCUACUGGGAAAAAUCUCACAAAUCUAUUGAAAAUUCUCCUAGAGAAUCACCUGUUAAUAACAAUUCACCCAGUUUUAAUUUGAAUGAAAAUGACAAGAAAGAUAAUGGAGUUGGAGAUUUAGAAGUAACACCAGUGGCAUCUGCCAUAGCAUCUUAUUUAGGUAUUGAUAUAAGUUUUGAUAUCAAUUCAAAUCACCAUAGUUUGUGUGUAAUCAUUCAUGGCCCUCCUUUAUCUGGAAAAACUGCAACCGCAAUUGAACUGUCAAAAUUUUAUAAUGCAGCUGUGAUCAAAAUUGAUGAAAUUGUUAUACAAUCUAUAAAAAGUGGUACAUCGGCUGCAGCAAUUCGAACUCGUGAAUUAUGCUCUGCUGCUGCUCGUCUAACAAAGUUGAAUAAAGAUCCAGUUAUAAAUAAUGAACCUAAAGCUUUUUCCUUAUUACCUAAUGCAUCAGCAGACUUUGGUCUGCCUGGUAUUGCAUCAAAAUCACCAAGUAACAGGGGUUUUCCAAUUGCUAAAUUGGGUAAAAAGAACCCUCCACCACUUCAUAUGCUUCCAAAUGUUAACUUUGUUUCAAAAAAGUUAGAUAUAAAUUUUGGUUCUGAUUGUAUAGAGGAAGAGUUUUAUAAUUGUAUUUUACCAGAAGAUAUUUUAAUAAAGUUGCUAUCUGAAAGAAUGCAGGCAACAGACUGUGCAACUGGAAUAAUUUUUGAUGGUUUGGAAAGUUUAUUUAUUAAUGAUAUUACUACCGGCGCUAAAAUUGUAUUAAAAGCAAUCAAUAAUCGAAAACACAUUUAUGCGAUUACACUAAAAUUGGAUUUUGAGACUGUGAAAGAUAUGAAUGAAAAGAAAAAAUAUGAACAUGAAUUACAACUUCAAAUGGCUGAGAAGAAGGAAUGGGACAUGCUAGAAGAGAUGAAUGAAGACGAAUAUGAUGCUCUUUCAAAUGAAGAUCGCAAACUUAUUGAUCAAAAGAGAUUAUUGCUGAAACUAUCAAAGUAUAAUAAAAAAAAAGAACUGAAAGCAAAAAAAAUGAAGGAAAAGUUAGAAAAGGAGUUAGAAGAUAAAAAAAAAGAAGAGGAAAGAACUAACAAGAAAAAGAAAAACAUAAAUCAAAAUAAAAUAAGGGAUAAAAAAAGUCAAGAUAAGUUUGUCGUUGAUAUUGCUGGUAAUAAGUCAACAAAUGAUGCUUUUACACCUGAAACAAAUUUAUCUGUAGAUAGACAUUCUUCUUGUAAUGAUGAUAUUGAAAAGAAAAAGAAUGGGUCUAGAGGAGCUCAAGUUAAAUCUGCAUUAGUAAAAGAUUUAACAGUUCCACUUAUUGAUGGUAAAGAAGAACUUGAAUCUCCUGAAGACAAGGAUCUUCGACUCAGUUUUAAACCAUAUGAGUUAUCACUGCAUGAUAUUAUAAAAUUGUUUGAUGGUUGGGAUCGAACAGUAGGAAAUGCAAUUGAGUCUGAAGAAAACGAAAAUGAUAUUUUUGAGCAUUCUGUCAAUAUACAAACUUUUAGCAAGAAAAAUGAAAAGAAGAAACAGUUAGAAAAAGAACGACGUAAGGAGAUAGUUGAGUCUGUUGCUGCAAAUAUUGGAAACAAUGGAGAACUUCCAAGUGAAUUGAAUACAAGAUUAAAAGAUGGCAUUGGAAUACCUCAUAUUAUGAUUCAAGUGAAAGGGCUGCAGCAAAGUUACUUUAAAGAAGCUUUUGACACAAAAAUCUUGCCAGAAAUCAAAGAAGUAGCCCAUGAUGUUAGUUUAAAGAACUUACUACCACCUUUUCCAUUUGAUGCACUGUUCUCUGUGAUUAGUUGUCCUGUUUUCCGCCAGGCGCCUCCAGUUAAUGAAUCUAGCCAUCUUUUUACUAUUUUAAUCACUGAAGAAAAAGAUAUGGAUCUAGUUAAUGGAGAUAAAAAUGAUGUGGUUGAGAAAAAUAUUGAGAAAAAAGAAUCAAAAAAACAAUCAAAGUGCAAGGUUGAAAAAAUUCCUUCAGUAACUGUAAAAAAAGGACGACAUAGCUCAUUGGCUCCUACAAAAUCAGAAUCACCUCCUUCUGUUGCAGUCAGCCCUGAUAAAAAGAGUUCGUUAUCUCACUGCACAACUGUAAAAUCUUUUUCCACUUUUAAUGAACACAGAUGGAUAAUUGAACCAAUGAAAACCAUUGAAUUAAAAAUAUGUUUCCAGUCACAAGAGAUAGGACAAUUUGAUCAAACUUUGCAUUUUGAAAUUGCAGGAACUCAACGAAAAUAUCAAAUUUUCUGUCGAGGCAUAUGUUCAGUACCUACAAUAUGCCAAGAUCCAAAAGUAGUGUUUCUUCAUUGUAAGAAAUACAAAAAGCCAAAUGAAAUAGUUCAUAAGGUUUUUAUUUUGAAGAAUGAAGUAUUUGAAUUUGGUCCCCUACUUGCUGGAAAAAAUCGAGAAAGAUACCGUGAAGGCAGAUAUCCUGAAAAUAUGGAAAUGCUAUGCAUAUCAAAUACUUCUCUUAUGAAAGCAGAUGUAACAUUUUCAUAUUUAAGUGAUAGUAAUGCUACAACAUUUCUUCUUGAGCCAACCUUUAUUUCUUUACUACCUGGUGAAAAUCAAAAACUGAAAAUAUGGUCAUACCCUAAAACUCCUGGGUUCUACGAAGAUACACUUGUAUGCUGUGUUAAAGAUAAUCCAGAGCCAGUAUUAUUUAAAGUUUCUGCUCAUGGUGUUCGUCCUGAGCUUGAAUUGGAUCGCAAGAUUAUUCAAUUUGACAGAGUAUUGCUUCAUAGGAAAGAGACACGUGUGGUUUUUUUGAGAAAUAAAACUUUGCUUCCUGCAGCAUGGAAGUUAAGUGGAAUGGAAAAUAUUGGUGAUGAUUUUACAGUUAACUCUACCUCUGGAAUUAUUGAGCCAAUGUCAGAAUUUGAAUUACAGAUGCACUUUCGUGCUAUUAAAGCUAUAAGUGUGAAGAAGAUUGUGAGAGUAGAAGUAUCUGAUGGGGACAAUGUUUUGGGUCUUUCUCAUGCUGAAAACAUCACCGUAAUUGCAGAAGCUUAUGAUAUUGCUCUUGAUCUUAGUUUUCCAAAAGGUGCUGAUGGUAUUUUGGACUUCGGGACACUCAAAGUUGGAGAUGAAGCCAAAUUAGUUUGCACUUUGAAAAAUAAAGGUCGUUAUGAGAUUUCAUUCUCAUUUUUGCUUGAAAAUAUUAAUGGCUCGAAGGAGAAUAUUAACAAAAUAUUGUCUGUAAUUCCAAACAAGGGUGUACUGUUACCAAAUGAACGACCAAGCCAAAUUCAAAUUAAUUUUAUAUCUCAUAAAGAAAUUUCUAUAUCUGAUAUGCCAAUUCUCAAAUGUCAGGUAAUUGAACCAAACAUGGGAGAAAAUGGUGAAAUUAUUGCAUGCAUCCCUGUGAAGGUCAGUGCUAAGUCAAUCUUUAGCAAGUAUACAAUAAGCCCAGGACGUGAAAUUAAUUUUGGAGCUGUUGUAGUGAAUGCAAAGAAAACAAGAACAUUUACUAUAGAAAAUAAAAGUCAAUUUGAUUUUCGCUUCAAUAUUUUAAAGCCUCAAGCAAAAACUGUUAGCUCAUCGCAACACACUUCUAGUUUUUCUAAAAUUCGAUCUCAAAGAGAAUCAUUCAAAGGUAAUGAAAUAAAUGUUGCUCCUACUGGAAUUGUUGGAGGACAUAACAUAAAGUCAAACUUUGGAAUUUUUUCUGUUAAUCCAUCAAAUGGUAUUGUAGCAGCUCUUAAUGGAAGUUGUGUUGUUACUGUUGAUAUGAUAUCAGAAAUUCCAAUGAUUGGGCUUGAAGAUGUUGUUAUUGAUAUAAGUGAUCGAGAUCCUGAAGAUCAUCCAGGGGGAAUUGAUUUCAAAUUUGUGGGUGAAGUUUGUUUACCAAGUAUUUUGUCACUGCCAAAUGGAGCAUCAUCAAUAUUUGAAGAGCAUCGAAUUAUCAAAAGUUUGAACACAAUGUCCCCCGUCCAUGAUUUUGCUUCUAAAACAUGCAUAUAUGUUGAAGAUGAUAAUAGAUUUUUUAUUCACAAUGUAGUUGUAGGACAUGUUGCUAAUGUCAAGUUUAAGAUCACAAAUUCUAAUAAAAUCCCAUGUGAUGUUGUUUUUUCAUUAAAACCAGUAUCAAAUAAGUCAGUUCAUAAAAUUAUUGAUGUAUUUGAAAUUAAUAUGCAACGUGCUUCAAUAUUCCCUCAAAGCACAAUAUAUGUGGUUGUCUCCUUCCAACCUCAAGCAAUACAGCAAUAUUCAUGUGUUUUUGAAGCUGUAGUUGAUGGAUUGUCAGCGUCUAUUACUAAUGGUAGAAACAUCACAUUUGAUAUCAUCGGUGAUGGAGUUCUCCCACAUAUUUCAAUUUUAAAGCCAAUCACAACAAACCUUCAAGGGACACCUAUUAUUGUUUUUCAAAGGUUAAUUUUGGGGCAUUGUCAACAAGCACAAGUUGUUCUUAAAAAUGAUGGGUUGUUGUCUUGCAAAUGUCACAUUAAACUUGUUGACCCAAACAAAAGUUAUUUUAUUCAUUUGAAAAAUAAAGAGGCUAAAAUGUUGGAUUUUCCUGAUAAUCACACUAAACAAAUUUCCUCUGCAGUCUCAGGAGAUUUUUCAACUAUCUUGAGUAUUGCUAUCAAUGAAACUAUUGAGUUUUCUGUUGAAUUUGUACCAAACAUGGUUGCAAAACAUGUUGCUAAUAUUCAAAUAAGAGUUGAAGAUAAUCCAUUUGAAGAUAUUCUUAUUGAAAUUCUUGGUGAAGGAUAUUAUCAAGAGUUUACAAUAGAAAAUAUUAAUCAAGUUAUUGAUUGGCAGUCUCAUCAGAAACAUGAUUCGCAACAGGAGACAGAAGCUAUUGCAGUUCAAAGUAGCAAUCAAAUUAUUUAUGGUGAUUGUCAUGUUGGGAUUUCUAAAAGCAUAACAUUUACUGUUUGUAAUCGUUCUUUAACUGAUCCAAUGCGGUUUUUUUGGGAUUCUAUUCCAGAAUUAACAUUUAAGCCUAAUUGUGGACAUGUGCAACCUAAUUGUACUAAAGAUAUAACAGUUACCUAUCUUAGUAAUCUACCUCAAGUACUUGAUCAUGUCAACAUUUUGUGCAGAGUUUCAAAAAUAUCUCUAGUUAACAAAAAGGUUUUAGAUUGGGAUGAUACCAAACAAGUUAUUUGUUGGAUUGAUGAAGUAUCUUCAGAAGGAUCACAGUCUAUAAAUACAGAAGAAGUUUCUAGAAACAAACCUUUAAAAAAAAAGAUUGUUCAGAUUGAAGAAGAACCUGCAUACACUGUUAUUCCUGGAGCGUUAUUAGAUACCGAUCUUGUUUUUUCAGUUAAUUGUCAUUACUCAAAGUAUCAAAUAGGUACAGAAAAAAUUAACUUUAAAGAAACAUAUAUCUUGCAAACAAGAUUCUACAGUUUUAAGCUAGCAAAUGUAGGAUUAGUGUCAUUUGAAUACAGUUGGAAUAUUGUACAAGGGAUAUAUGAACCCAUAGUUAGUUCUGUUCAAUCUGAUACUUUGUCUGAAUUAAAUGUUGAACAAAAAAAAGGCAUGAAAUCAUCUCAUAAAGUAACUAUCACAACAAACUCUAAUAAUUCACAAAUAAGUUGGCAAAGUAACCAAGCUGAACAAGCUAAAAGUGUAGUGACUUCAAACACAAAUGAAACAAAUACUUUGUCUGAAUGCAUAAAAUCUUUGGCUUCAACACAAAAUUUAAAUGGCCUUUGUGCAGAUGAAAGACCUGUUAAUAAGAUAACUUCUGUAUAUGAAGCAGAGUUACUUAAGCGAUUUCAAAGUAUUUCAACUGCUAAUAUUCCUUUUACUAUAGAACCAUUGUUUGGAACUAUUUUAGCUGGAGAGGAAGUUUCUUUUACAGUUCGCUUUUCUCCUGUAGAAAUUGGAGAUUUUAAUGCAAUUCUUUUUAUGAGCAUUGAUAAUUUGGAUCCAUCUUUGAAAAAACCAAUUAUUUCACUGCACGGAAAAAGUGCUUUACCUUGGUGUCAUUUUGAGUUAAAAGAAUCUAAUUACAUAAUAGAGCGACGUAAUCCUGAACAAAAAGGGACAGUUGGAUUGAUACUUGAUCAUAACACAAAAGUUAUUGAGUUUGAAUCUUGUGGCGUGAGCAACAUUAUAAGAAAGUUUUUCAUAAUGAAUCCUACAGACAUGUCUUACAAUUAUACAUGGCUUUUAGAACAACAUCCAGGAAAUUCUUUAUCAAGCUUUGUUUGUAAAACAAUGACUGGAUGCAUUCAACCUGGAAUGAAAACUGAAAUAGUGUUUGAGUAUAAAAUGGAUGUGUUUGAAUUAAAAGAGUCAUUGUGGCAAUUUAUUAUUAAAGAACAUGGUGUCUCUGUACCAUUUCUCUUAGUUGCUUAUGGGAGAGAGCCUUCUGUAACAUUUGACAGAUCACAUGUAAACUUUAAACAAGUUUUGACAGGUUUAUCUGUUUCACAGCAAGUGUUUUUACAUAACAAUGAAGACCAAGCCUUUUCGUUUAAAUUUGAGAAGUCUUCACUUCAACCAACAUCGCCAAUGGCUACUUUUUUAAUUGAACCAAAUAAAGGGAAAAUAGAGCCUAAAAACAAAAUUCCUAUAACUCUGACCUACAAAACUGAAAGUGAAGAUGAAUUGAACCUUAAUGUCAAGUGCAAAAUUGGUCAAAAAACAAAUCCCCUUAUCUUGAACAUAAAAGCAGAAGGAGUUUCUUUUAAUGUUGAUAUUUACUGUGAAGAUUCAUCUGCUAACAAAAUAAAGCUAUCUUCUAACGGUUUAAAUCUUAUAAAUUUUUUAAAUGUUGAAAUAAAUGACAAAGCUAUCAGACACAUUCAUAUUGAAAACAACAGUAAAUUUAACUUGGACUUUUUAUGGAUUGUUAAAUCCAAAACAUUAAAAAAAAAGAAAUCAGUUUCAUGUGUAAAAGUUAUUCCUGAUACUGGCACUGUGCUAAAAAAUACAAAACAGUUGUGUCAAGUUUCUUUUACACCAAGUUAUGUUAUGACUUUAGAAGAUUGCAAAGUCUUUUUAAAGAUAUCAAACGGCCCAACAUAUCAAUUAUCUUUAACAGGAAAUGGUGUUUUACCUGCAAUAAAGUUUUCGUUUACCUCUUAUAACUUUGGUCCAUGUUUUUUAUAUCGGUCUGGCGCCACAAUCAUGAAAAAGAUAUUGUAUAUUACAAAUGAAGAUACUAAAGAAAUCAGCGUGGAAUGUUUAUAUUCCAACACUAGUUAUCUUGAAAUUCAUUUUCCCCCAGUUUUAAUUUUUCCUGGUGAAACAAAAGAAUCAGAAAUCUGUUUUUACCCAAGAGAUGUAAAAUACUACAAUGAACAAGUGGUUUUUGAAAUCAAUAGUUUAUCUCCUAUUUAUAUAAAUGUGUGUGGUCAAGGAAUUGAAAUGAUGGUGGAAGUUUUAAAUCCAGUUGAUCGUAAGGUUAAUUUAGGUUUUCUUAGAGUUAAUGAAAAAGUAUCAAAAUCAGUUCGCAUUGUGAACAACAGUUUAGCAGCAGUAGAUUGUACAUUCGCCUUAACAGCUACAACUUUAACACUGCAAAGUCAAAAUAUUAUAGGACUUUUACCAAAAUCUUUAAUAAACUUGCAAUCUAAAGCUACAUUUGACAUCACAAUUUAUUUUCAUCCAAAAUUUCGUACAUCUCAAUUUUAUGAAGAGGUAAUCAUGGAUUGUGCUGGUACAUCUCAGCCAUUGUUCAGUAUUGUUGGUGGUUGUCAUGGAACUGAUGUUAAACUGGACAGUGAAUCUAUUUCAUUUGGCUCUGUGACAUUGGGCAGUUUUAGUAUUAGAAAGCUUGUUAUGACAAAUGAUGGGGAUAUUGGCAGUACCUUCUCUUGGGAUACCAAAAAGCUUAAGUCUGGUUUUAGUAUUUUCCCGACCAAUGGUUACAUAUCAUCUGGAAUGGAAGUUCGAUUUGAAAUUACUUUUAAUCCUUCUGAAGAAAGUCAAGAGAUCAGAUCAGAUGACUUUCGAUGCAAUUUGGAAGAUGGAAAAUUUUUGUUAUUAAAUCUUGUUGGUUCAUGCAUUCCAAGGAUUCCUAUGAAGGAUUCUAUAUAUUUUAUAAGUCAUGUUCGGAAUCGAGAUGCAAAAACUGUUUUCAUUCAUAACAAAACUAAUCAUUUAUGGACAUUAAAGCCAGUUAUUGAUGGGGAGUAUUGGUUAGGUGCAGAAACCUUUGUUGUGGAACCCCAAGAAAAUAAACCUUAUGAGAUUGUUUAUCGACCUCUUACAAUGACCCAAGAAACAAAGAAACAUAAUGGCUCAAUAUUCUUUCCUCUACCUGAUGGAUCUGGUUUAUUAUAUAAUUUGGUUGGUACUUCUGAAGCUCCUAAACCUAUAAAUAAUAUAGUGAGAGAGGUCCCAUGUAAGAUUCCAUGCACUGAACUACUUAAUGUGAGCAACUGGCUGAAAAAGCCACAAAGAUUCCAUGUCAUAUUUGAAAUGAUUAAACCAGAAAAAUCAGAUCCAGCUACAAAAAUUGGUGGUGCAGAACAUAUUGAUGUACCCGGUUUAUCUAAAAAAGAAUACAAAGUCAAUUUUUUUGCGCAUAAAGAAGGAAUUUGGAGCAUUAAAGUAACAUUCAAAAAUGAAGCUUCUGGUGAAUAUUUGUUUUAUUGCCUUACAUUUAAAGUACUGGCUCCAGGAGCAGUUUGCUGCAUUGAUUUAACCACAACAGUAAGACAAAGUGUUACCCAUGUAAUUACAAUCAAUAAUCCUCUCCUAAAUAUAGUAAACUUUCAAACCAGCUGCAAUCUGCAAGAAGUGAAUUUACCACCACAGUUUGUAAUUCCAGCACAGUCAGAGGGAUCUUUUACCUUUGAGUAUCUUCCACUAAAGUCUGGGACUACUACAGGUAGAUUGAAUCUUCAAAGUUUUGAUUUGGGAGUUUACAUUUACGAUCUAAAUCUAGUUGCAAAUUCUGCUCUUCCUGAACGAGCUGUACAUUUUACAGCUGCGCUUGGAGUUAGUCAGGUGCAAACAUGUAAAUUUAUUAAUUAUGCACGUACUCGAACGGAAUAUUCUGUUAAGGUGGAUUCAUCAGAUUUUAUAGUUGAUAAAACAGUCAACGCGCCAUCAUCUUUAGGUGGUGGUACAGAGGUUAGUCUUGAUGUCACGUAUGAACCCUCGCGUCUCGGUAAUUCGGAAACUUCUUUAAUUUUGACAUCAACUGUAGGAGGAGAAUAUGUAUUUCCCUUAUUUGGACACUGCUUGCUACCUAAGCCUCAGGGCCCUUUUACAGUGAGAGCCAACGGAUCAACGCAAAUUCCAUUUAAAAAUAUUUUUUCACAAACAAUGAGUUUCACAUUUUACCUUGAUAAUCCUUUGUUUUCAACAAAAGCAGGAGAAGUUAUCAAGCCAAAAAAAAGUUAUAACAUAGUUGUUUCGUUCAACGGAAAUCAAAGUGACUCUAAAUCCGUGUCUUUAGCAAGACUUUUAGUGACAUGCGCAAGAGGUGCAGGCUCUGGUACUAAUUUAUCAUGGACAUUUUAUUUAAAAGGUGUAUAUUAAUCAAAUGAAGAUUAUAUUAAUGAUUAAUAGGUUUUUCUGAAUUGUUUUUAAUUUUAAAAAGUUAAAAACUAUUUAGAAAUUAUUUAUGUAAAUAUUUAAUUUAAUGAUAUUAAUUUAAACUAUAUUUACUUGCUUCAAAAUCAAAUAUUUAGUUGAUGCUUCAAAUACAUUUGAUUAAUAUCAUAUAUUCAGA